UUUCAACAAAACAAUGUGCACUUUUUAUAUAUAUAUAUAUUUUUUUUUUUUAAUUUGUAAACUCCGGGAAUGCAACAAUUGGACAACGAUUUAUUGUUAGCUAGCAUGUAGCUUUUUGUGAGCGUCUAUGGAUCUGACCGAGACUUGUUGCAAUCAUUAGCGCCUUUAGGCUCACACAUACUGUCACUGUGCUGUCACUGUUUGUUGAAAUGGAUAUUUUAAGAGACGAUGAAGCGCAUGAGCUGAAAUACAAACGAGGGGGCCGUUUGGAUAUGAGCCACGGCUUCCUGCACCAUAUCCGGAGGAACCAGAUUGCUAGAGAUGACUAUGAUAAGGAGGUGAAGCAAGCCAAAGAGCUUCAGCGGCGGAGGCACACCACAACUCCUAGAAAACCCCGUAGACCUGAUAUCCAAGUGUACCAUCCUCGACGCAGACAUGGGUCCGAGCCAGGGGCUGGUGCUGAGGCUGAAGAGUGGAUUGAGAGUGGGUCAAGCACAGAGACAGAGACCCAUGGAACUGAGCUCUUCUGGUUGGACUAUCAGGCGGACUCUGGUACCAUUACCUCCAUCCUUGUGCACAAGGAGGAUAAGCCCGACAAGGUGGUGGAACGUGUUGCAGAGAAGAACAUCCUAGAUUCAGCCAUGAGGGCAGCUCUAGAGGCUCGAAUUCGAAAGGAAAUGGACAAAAGACGAGACAAACGCUGAGUAAUGUUCUCAGACAGUAUGUUAUGAUGACAGAGGGGCUACCGGCAAAGAGGAGCAAUACUUCAUUUGCAGUUCUGUUCUCCAAAGCAUUAACGCUGUUAGGGUUUGGGGCAUAAUGAGGACUCAAUAUAAUGAGUGUCAGCAGAGACUUGAUGACCCACGAUCAAAGGCGUCUUCUGUUUAUAAAGGAGAAGAAACAGCACUUACCAUAGGCAGUAUGGUUGGGAGUUACCUGUCAGGUUUGUGUUUACUACAUUUGACUCACCUUGGACUGUUACCUCAUACCCUGACUCAUAACUUUAGGGACACUUCAAGUUGACUGGACCUGUAAAACGAUGUUGCUUUCUAACAGUUAAAUCCAGAGAGGAGAAGGUACUCUUUGACAGAGAGUGCUGUUAACCUUCCUCCUCCUUUGAACAUGUCCUGUGUUUCUUGUGUUUACAAAGAUCUAGUUUUUAAAAACAAGAUUUAUAUUUUUUGGUAAAAUGCUGUGAACAGAACAUCAGUCUAUCAGCAAUCUUAUGUUUAGAAAUGUGACAACUGAGUUGUGUGUUUUUGAGUUGUAGAGUUUAGUGGAUGUAGCCAUGAUAAUGUGUUUGUGUGGCCACUGUAUUUCAUUGUUUUCAGUAUUCUAAUUUAUUUUUGGUUGUUGAAAUACUUUUAUUUUUAUACUGUAAUAUUUUUUUAAGAACAACUCUUUACAUAUAAAAUUACAUAAACAUAAAAGCCAUUUAUUACUGUCCAAAUGUGUCUGUAUGUGCACUUAUGGAAUUGAACAGCCAUACAAUGUGAAUGUUUUUUUUCUCGCAUGUAAAAACACUCAAAUCUUUACUGACUUUGAUACCUUCUAUCCUGAAAUACACAUUGGUGGGAAUACAUAUAGUAUUGGGAUACAGCAAAAUGACAGAAGUGUUUCACAUCAUGUCCGUCAGCAGGUGGCAGUAUGAAUCAGCCUUUCAACUCAACAAUAUGUGUUGAACCUGCACCACUUUUUAACCCAAGAAGUUGUAACUGAGAGCUUAACAAUUUGCCAGGUCACUGGCACAUUGUAUUGGGUGGUGCCUAUCUGACAAUGAACACUUUUUGUACUCUGUACACAAGAUAAGAAGUUACAGUCUUUUGUGUCCUAAGCCAGCCGAAACUCUAAAAUAGUGGCCC